UGCACGGCGGCCUCACCGGCGUCGUCGCGAGCCGGACCCUUAUGAUCACACUUCCUCAGCAUCCAGGGUUGAGGGUGAGGCCUCCCAGCCAGCUAAAAAAAAAACUAGGGGGCCUAGUCGAAUGCUGAAGCCAGCACAGAGUGUACGUUUGACUGGCUCUAAGAUCAAGAUUGAGUAUGACCCGGUACAUCGUGGAGCUGCUACAGCACAACAGCAUAGCAUCGUCGUUAGUAGCUGUGGUGUUGUUAUUAAACAAAAUUGUCCUAUGCAGUGGGAGAAGUGGGCAGAAAUUCCCGAUAGGACGAAGGAUUUGGUGCGAGACAAGUUGUCGGUCAUUUUUGAUCUUGAUGAUAUAUCCCCCGAGGUCAAGGCCUACUUAGACGAGACCUUAGCAACCCGGUACAAACAUUGGAAGAACUAUCUUCACACGCAUUUUCAGCUAUGGGAUACUUUGGAGAUUGCUCGCCUAAGUGGUUGCCCAAGCGAGUUGAAGGACCGGCCAGAGGAUUGGGAGUGGCUCUGCAAACAUUUUACGGACCCAAAAUUUGUGAAGAAAUCUGUUGCUGGCAAGAUAGCUCGGGAGUCAAAGACACUUCUUCACCAUUCCGGUUCGAAGCCCUUUUCGUAUAGGCUUGAGGCACGACGUCAGGAGGGUUCUAAGUUCCCAGAGAUCGACAUGUUCGAGGAUGUUUACGUUCGACCUGGAGAUGCGAACAGUGAGCAUCUUCAUGCUCUUAUGGUGGAAAAGCGCACUGCUGUUAUCCAAGAAGCAACAUCGCAGCUUCCCCCUGAGACCCCGAUUGAGGACGUCCCGGUACCCGAGGAUGCAGGUUUUCAGAUCAUGACUGAUGUCUUAGAUCAGAACCUUGGUCGUCGUCAUGGCAAGGUUGUUCGUGGCAUGGGGAAAGCACGAGUUCGUGAGACUGGUGCCUCUUCUUCCAGAUCGAACACCGCAGAGGUCGAUUCAUUGAAGGAGCAAGUGACAACCCUACAGGGUCAGCUUCAGGUCCAGGGCGAGCAGAUGAGGGAGCAGAUAAGGGCCCAGGGCGAGCAGCUGCAGGCUUAUGCUGGCCAAGUGAGAGACCUUGUACGAGCCAUACAGAUGACUGGCCUCCAAAUCUCACUACCAGUAGUACCUGAUCUUGCUACACCUUCGACUUUCGAGCCACUUCACCCUACUGAUACCUAGUAGCCAUUUCACCAAGAAGAUUACUUGUAGUUUUUUUCUUUUUCAUUCGGACAUAAACAAUACAUUUCCAUAUUUAUAUG